AUGGAUCGGGUAGCAGGACACCACCUGAAAGGCUAUAACAAUGAUAUCAUGAAUCCAGCCUUACCACCGAAAUUACACAAAAGUUUAACGAAUUUAAAAACUUCAUCAUCCGCCGCCUCCUCCUCCACGGGCCACAAUAACCACCACCAUCAACAACAACAACAACAGCAACACAACAACACUAAUGUGAUCGCCACAUCAUCAUCAUCGGCUACAACAAAUACUUCACAUCGAAAUAAUACGUCAUCCCACAAAAUGAACGAGGGUGGUGGCGGCUCCUCAUCAGCAAAUUGUUCGAAUACCAUAAAUGGUGGCGCCUAUAGUAGUACCCUGAAUCCAUCCUCCACAUCCACAUAUUUGGCAGCAGCUGCAACAGGAGCAUCUUCAACCAACUGUUCCUCUCCCUCCCCCUCCGCUUCCACAACCUCUGUACAAACCAUAUACACACUAAGUAAACCCUCCUCUUCAUCGUUAUCGGCUGCCCUAAUUGGCUUAACCAACAACAACAAUAACACCACAACCACCUGCACACCACCCACACCCUCGAAUCGUCACGCCACAAAGGAUCAUCAUGAUCACAUUAUGAAAAUACAGCCACCAUCAUUGACACUUCCAUUGAGUACUACGUCGACCACAUCAUCGUUUACCAGUUCCACAAGUAAAAUUAACUCUUCAACAUUUUAUCCCUUGCAAAACAAUGUCACCUAUACGCUGCCAAAGAAUGUGGGAGGUGGUAAGAUGUCCCUGAACAGUACCAUCAACAGUGUGGUCAGUAAGGUGCCAUCGGUGAUUAGUCUACCGCCAACGGGUAGCUGUGAAUCGAAUAUCACCAAUUAUCAUGGCCAUGGCUAUAGUGGUCUAUUGGGCGGCGCCAAUGAUACGGGGGCCUAUAACAGUCAUCAGUAUUUGAAUGAAAUGCAUGGAUCGUCGUCGUCGCCAUCACCAGCAGCAGCAACAUCAGGAUCGUCAUCAUCAUCCUCAAAGAGUACUACACUGCCAAAGAUAUUACGUUCGAAACAGCGUGAUGUACACCAGUCCAGCCUAACUCCCUCGUCGAAUCUCAAUUGUAAUACAUCAUCUAAUGGUGGUGCAGCAGCAGCUUCGUCAUCGUCUACUUCGUCCUCCUCCAACAAUUAUGCGGUUUCGCAAUGUUCUAUGCCAGCUUAUCCCAAACAGUAUACUGCCAAUUCUUCCUCCUCCGCAAAUAACUCCUGUAACUCCUCCGCAAAUGGUGCCUCAUCUACUACUGCCAACAACAGCGAUUCGCAUUCUCAAACCAAACAAUUACCAGUUUGUACCACAUCCAAAAAUUGUCUAAAUCCCAAGGAGCAUUUUCUACCCAACGAUACCAGUUUGGAUGAUGAUUAUCUAAGCGAAUGUGAAAAUUGUAAAAUCGCCCAAAGCUCAAAAUACUAUUUGAAUGCGGAACAAUUGACCAGUGUUGGAGGUGGUCCCCAGGAGACAAUGACGCUACAGCGUAAAUCAUUGGAGGAAUGUAAAGAUGAGCCGGAAACAGGAUAUUAUCGUAUAUCGCAUACAUUGCCAACAAAUUCUAAAAAGAAUGCCCCCGUCAAAACUAAUAAUCGUGAUCAAUGGUUUUCAACUAUACCAGCUGCCAGUUCAUCGUCCGAAGAGGAUAUCAAUGAAUGAGAUUUAACACAUUUUCUUUAGUAUUUAAUAAAGACAUUAGAAAGAAAAUAA